AUGUCUCUAGCGACGCCAAUGUCUCCGGCAAGCAUGUCGAGAUCAAUGCACUUUGCGUCUCCGACUCCCGCUUCCAGGCACGAAAGACAACACUCUUACUCGCCGACGGCCUCCUUCACUUCGAUCCCGCAUCAUGUCCGAACGCAGUCACUCCAGAGGCAGUCUAGCACGUCGAGUACUUUUGCGCCAAAGUUCAUCAAGUCUGAUGAGAUGCGAAAGAGCGAGGACAGAAUCUCUGCCAUAGAAGGCGAGAAUGAUUUCUCUGGAAAGAGAUAUGUGUGGGUUAAGGACCCGGAAAAAGCCUUUGUGAGAGGCUGGAUAACAGAGGAACUAUCCGGCAACAAGGUACUCGUACAAUUUGAAAAUGGUUCCCAAAUUGAGACCGACAUCGACGAGGUGGAUAAGGUCAACCCCGCCAAAUUCGAUAAGGCCGACGACAUGGCAGAACUCACCCAUCUUAAUGAAGCCUCAGUCAUACAUAAUCUGUACACUCGCUACCAGGCUGAUCUCAUAUACACCUACUCGGGGCUUUUCUUAGUCACCGUCAACCCUUAUUGCCCCCUACCAAUCUACGGCAAUGACUAUGUUAGAAUGUACAAAGGCCAGACGAGGGAAGACACACGCCCGCAUAUUUUUGCUGUUUCAGAUGCAGCCUUUCGAAGACUGGUGGAGGAAGGGGAAAAUCAGAGUAUUCUAGUAACUGGAGAAUCCGGCGCCGGCAAAACAGAGAACACAAAGAAGGUCAUUCAGUACCUCGCAGCCGUUGCAACAUCCGAUCUGGACACUCCUUUGACAGGUAGAACUCCUGGGAAACAACUGUCCAACCUCUCCCAGCAAAUCUUGCGCGCAAACCCUAUACUUGAAUCUUUCGGCAAUGCACAGACGGUACGGAACAACAACUCGUCGAGAUUCGGCAAAUUUAUCAGAAUUCAGUUUACGCGAUCCGGUCAGAUCGCGGGCGCAUUUAUCGACUGGUACCUCCUCGAAAAGUCAAGAGUCGUAAAGGUCAGUCAACAAGAACGGAGUUACCACAUCUUCUACCAGCUGCUCGCUGGAGCAGACCAAAGAACAAGAGAUAUCCUCCUUCUGUCUGGUAUGGAUGUAGCGGAUUUCGCCUACCUCCGUGCUGGAAAUGAAAUCAUCAGUGGUGUGUCCGACCGCGAUGAAUGGAAUACCCUCAUCGAAGCAUUUCAUAUCAUGAAUUUUUCAGAAAAGGAGCAAAUGGAGGUCUUCAAGACUAUUGCGGCAAUCCUUCACCUCGGAAAUGUGGCAGUGCGACAAGAAAGCAGGGCAGCGGACCAGGCCACCUUGACUCCGGAGGCGAAAGCAUCUGUUGAUAAGGCUUGCAGACUACUAGGCGUGCAGACCGAGCCAUUCAUCAAAGGCCUACUUCACCCUAAGGUCAAGGCUGGGAGAGAAUGGGUUGAGAAAGUCCAAACCCCUGAACAGGUCAGGCUUGCACUUGACGCUCUCGCCAAGGGGAUUUUUGAACGAGGCUUUGGUGAUUUGGUAAACAAGAUCAAUGCCCAACUUGACCGGGGCGGUGUCAGUAGCGACGACAGCCACUUUAUCGGAGUGCUUGAUAUUGCGGGUUUCGAGAUUUUCGAGAACAACAGCUUCGAGCAGCUCUGCAUCAACUACACAAACGAAAAGCUGCAACAAUUCUUCAACCAUUACAUGUUUGUUUUGGAGCAAGAGGAAUACGCUCGAGAACAAAUCGAAUGGCAGUUCAUCGAUUUCGGGAAGGAUCUUCAGCCAACCAUCGAUUUAAUCGAGCUUCCCAACCCCAUUGGCAUCUUUUCUUGCCUGGACGAGGAUUCUGUUAUGCCUAAGGCAACAGAUAAGUCGUUCACAGAUAAGCUCCAUUCGUUGUGGGAGAAGAAAACUCCCAAGUAUGCCGCGGCAAAGACCAGGCAGGGCUUCAUAUUGACUCAUUAUGCUGCCGAAGUUGAAUACUCUACCGAAGGCUGGCUUGAGAAGAACAAGGACCCCCUGAAUGAUAAUCUAACCCGUCUUUUGGCAUGCUCGAAAGAUAGCCAUAUAGCGAACUUGUUUGGCGAUUGUGUUGACGAAAUCGACGAGCCAUACAGCCCUCGAAGUCGCGUCAAAAAGGGGCUGUUCCGGACUGUCGCUCAAAGGCACAAAGAGCAAUUGAGCAGCUUGAUGCGACAACUGCACUCAACACAGCCACAUUUUGUUCGUUGCAUCUUACCCAAUCAUAAAAAGAAGCCCAAACAGUUCAACGCGCCGCUGGUCCUAGACCAACUUCGGUGCAAUGGUGUGCUGGAGGGCAUAAGAAUCGCACGAACUGGCUUCCCCAACAGACUUACUUUUGCUGAAUUCAGAUCAAGGUACGAGGUGCUUUGCGAGAACAUGCCCAAAGGCUACUUGGGAGGUCAGGAGGCUGCUAAGAUUAUGCUUGAUCGGUUGAAGAUGGACGGUCAAAACUAUAGGGUAGGUUUGACCAAAGUCUUCUUCAGAGCAGGUGUACUCGCAGACCUGGAAGAGCAGCGAGACAGUCUAAUCCGGGAUAUCAUGUCAAGGUUUCAGUCAGUGGCUCGUGGGUUUAUGCAGCGACGCGUAGCUUUCAAGCAGCUUUAUCGCGCGGAAGCAACCCGGGUUAUUCAGCGAAAUCUCAAUGUCUAUCUCGACCUUCAAGCAAAUCCCUGGUGGCGCCUGUUUGUCCGGAUGAAGCCUCUGCUAGGAGCGACCCGGACUGCGAGCGAAGUCAAGAGGCGUGACGAGAAGAUUGAGAUGCUUCAGUCCAAGAUGCAGAAAGAAGCUGCCGAGCGCCAUCGUAUUGAAGACGAGCGACGCCGUGCUGAAAUAGACGCCCAGCGUGUCCGACAGACGCUUGAGGCCGAACGUGCCUUGGCUCUUGACAAGGAGGAGAUAUUCAAGCGUCUCCAGUUUCGCGAAAGUGAGCUGACCGAGAAGCUCUCCGAAGCCAUCACGGAGCAAGAAACUCUGGAAGACCAACUCGAUGCAGCCCUCGAUUCCAAGAAGAAGACCGAAGAAGAACUGAACACGCGUCGCGAACAAGUGUUGCAAGCCGGUCAGAUCAUAACAAGACUGGAGGCCGAGAAGAAAGAAAUGCAGAGACAAAUCGAACGGCUAGAAGAAGAGCUCGAGAACGUCGAGAAGCAUCAUUCAUCCACGGACAAUCGGCUCGAGAAUAUCAGUCAGGAACUGCGUACGCUCAAGUCUCAGUUGGGUGUCAAGGACCGGAAGAUUGCGGAGCUCGAGGCAUCUCUCCACCAAGCCGAACGAGAGCGAGACAACAAAUCGACGUCUCUCGAGCAAGAGAUGCGCUCGUUGCGAAGUCAGAUCUCUCAGCGCGAACGCACGACAGAGGAGCUCGAAAAGAAACUUCAGCGCUCGGAAUCAUUACGAGCGGAAGAAACCAAGCGCAAGGCCGAUGAUUACGAAUCACAGAUCCGCGCUCUGAAGAGUGAACUAUCUGGCAAGGACCGCAAGGUUCACGACCUCGAAGGCGCUUUGUCGAAGAUUGACAAAGACGCAGAGAGCAAGCUUGCCCAUGCCAACGACGAGCUCGGCAACACCAAGAAACUGCUCCGAGAACUUCAGGGUCAGAACGAUGAGUUGCGCAAGCAAAUCACAAGUAUGACGAGUGCCAGCAGCAAACACGAAGAAACCCUACGGCGCAAGGAGGGUGAACUGUCUGCACUGAUGGCGGACAUUGAGGCUCACGAGGCAGAGAAGGCGGCCCUGAGGCGUGAAAUCGACGGACUAAGUGGUCGACAUGGCGACAUGCAGGCCAAACAUCGGGAAUUACAGGAUGAUAUCGAAGUCAUGCGGACUCAGAGGGUCAAGAUGGAAAAGGAGGCGAUUGAGGUCAGAAAAGCACUCGAGAAAGUUAUGCCGUUCUUUUCACAGAACUUCUCUUGA